AUGUCCGACAUAGAAACUGAUGAGAGGGUAACAUUGCUACUCGUGGGUGACGCUGAAUGUGGAAAAUCCACCUUCUUAUCACGUCUCAAGAGUGGCAAGCGGCCUACGCCAUCACAAACCGGGGCCGCAACAGAUGCCAGCCUCCCCGAGACUUUACGCGAUAGUGACCAGCCGUUUAUCUAUGAUAUUCGCUUUGCAAAGAAGAAAUUCACUCUAGAGCUCUAUGACACUGCGAGUCCUAACCAGCACUGGACGUCCCUUCAGCCAGACGUGGUAGUCAUAGCAUUUGAUAUCUCCAACCGCAAUACACUAGCUGGGCUUAUAACGGUAACCAACUCUGCCAAAAGGAUCGGUUUCCACUCAGACGCUAAUAUAAUUAACCGACAGUGGCGAAAUGAAAUAACGCGACAUUUUCAACAUGGUCAUGGUGAGCGCAUUCCCGUGAUGCUGCUGGGAUUGAAACGAGAUCUGCGGACCGAAGGGGAGGGUAUCAUAUACCCGCAAGAGGCAUAUCGAAUUGCCCAGGAGCUCCGCUGCGAUAGAUAUGCCGAAUGUUCGGCUGUGACAGGCGAGCUUCUUGCAGAAACGUUUGAAGAUCUGGCCCGGAUGGCCGGGAUGGCAACCACAACAAAAGGUGGUCAAACUGCCGGGGGUUGUAGUAUUCUUUAA